AUGGAAAUAGAUUUAUUUGGUGCUCAUUGUCUUCUUUGCUAUUCUAAACGAAAUGAAUGGAAGGAUAUACAAAAAACUGAGUAUGGUUUUCCUAUUGAAAGAACUGCUAAAGGCACUGUAGAAACUUAUCAAAAAAUGUUGGAAGAAUAUGGUGGAAUAAAAAAAUUCCGAAAUGAUUAUGAUACACGAAAAGGUUUGACACCAAAACCAUUAAGUGAAGAUAAUCAGCAUUUUAUAACUACUCCUUAA